AUGAAUAGAACUUAUUCGUUAAGAAACCAAAGGGCUCCAAGUGCUGCUCAAUUACAAUCACCACCUCCACCACCUGCCACCACAAGAUCCAAGUUUUUUGGUAAAAGGUCCAUAGCUUCUUCGUUCAGAAGAAAUGCUGUAGGCAAUCUAGGUCCAGAAUUGUCUAGAAAAUUAUCUCAAUUGAUUAAGACUGAAAAGAACUAUUUACAAUCGUUAGAAAUUGUGGCUAAUGAAAGAAGAAUUGCUGCAAGAUGUCUUUCUCAAUGGGGGUACGACAAUGAUGACGAUGUUUCCGAUGUCACUGAUAAGUUGGGUGUUUUAUUAUAUGAAUUGGGUGAAUUACAAGAUCAGUUCAUUGAUAAAUACGAUCAAUAUAGAAUCACUUUGAAAUCCAUUAGAAAUAUCGAGGCCUCUGUUCAACCAACAAGAUACCGUAAGGAUAAGAUUACUAAUGCUAUUGCCAACUUGAAAUAUAGAGAUCCUCAAUCUACCAAGAUUAGAGGUCUUGAACAAGAACUGGUAAGAGCAGAAGCAGAAUCCUUGGUUGCUGAAGCUCAAUUAUCAAACAUAACAAGAGACAAGAUGAAGGCAGCUUUCAACUAUAAAUUCGAUUCCUUAAGAGAAAUGUCUGAAAAAUUCGCCUUGAUUGCGGGCUACGGUAAGGCAUUAUUGGAAUUGUUAGAUGAUUCUCCAGUGACUCCCGGUGAAACUAGACCAGCGUACGAUGGGUAUGAGGCAUCUACUCAAAUUAUUAUGGAUGCUGAAAAUGCAUUAGAAUCUUGGACUCUAGAUGUAGCUGAAAUCAAACCAACUUUAUCCUUCUAUCAAACUGCUGAAGACGUUUAUGAAGAUGUACCAUCAGAAGAAGAUGAAGAUGCUUUAGAACAAGAAGAAGAAGAGGAGGAGGAAGAAGAAGAAUUAGUUCAACCACAACCACAAUCUCAACGUCGUGUUGCUCCUCAACAAUACCAAGAACCAGAAGAAGAAGAAGAGGAAGAAGAAGAAUAUGCUGAACAGUACGUCGAAGGUGACCAAUAUGAACAUGAUGAGGAUGAAUAUGAAGAAGCUGAAGAAUUAGAAGAACGUGAUGAAGCUGAAGAAGGAGAAUAUGAAGAACAACCAGAAGAUGAUGAUGAAGAGGAAGCUGAAGCUGAAGUAGCUGAGGAAGAAGAAUAUGAACACCCAGCUCAACAAAUUUCUGCUGCUAAAUCUCCUGUUGCUGCUGCAUCAGAUUCAAAAGGGACUGCUCCAAAACGUACUUCAAAGAGAGCUCAAUAUAUGGGUGCUGCCUUAGAACCACAAACAAGUAAUGAUACCAUCAUCCAAGAAGGUGAAGAAUUGGUUGAAACAAAACUCCAACCAGAACUUGAAAAUGGUGCAAAGAAAGUUGCUUCAAAAGUAAAGAAAUGA